UAAAACUUCAUCAUUAUGUGAGACAAUUUUAAUGAAGACAAGAGAAAAUAGGAAAAAAUUGAUAUUAAAAUCUGAAGAAUAUAGGAUAGGGCCUCUUGAAAAAAAAAAAAUGUUCUCAAAAUGCUCUCGAAAUGAAUAUUGGAAUAAACAACCAUCUAUAGUAUGUGGUAUUUAUGCACUACUUCUUCAUAAAAGUCUUAUUCAUAAUCAGCAGUGAAUUGUGAAAUCUCGUACCCUGUCUUGAUUUAAACUGAUCGUGAAAUUCACAUGCCUUCGUGGUCGACGUCGUCAUUUCCCUUCAUUAACGUCAUACCGACAACCUCAUCGACAUCACGGUCAUCAUCUCUCAGUCGAUGUUAGCGAGGAAGAAAUGAAACAUCGUCUAAAGCUUUCUAUUAGUGACUGAACUCAUCAUUAGCCUAUGGUUUCAAGUUGAGGAGUAAAGUAUUCGUCUGAAAACUUUUUUCUUUUAACAGAAGCUGUGAAAUUAAUUAAUUAUCGUGAGGAUCGAGGGCUCUUUAUUCUUAAGCGAGUGAAAGCCGUGCACAGGUAGAGCAGCGCGGAUAAGGUCAUCAUCAAAUACUUGAAUCUUAACUGAACUGGUAUUGGAAUAAUUUUAAUAGGGUUAGUAUUAACAAGGAGAUACUAUGUGGACUGAUAUCAAUCAUAUCUCUCUGAUUAUUAUUGGGGAUUAGCCAGCUAAGGUACAAGUGUGUUUUAGGAUCUCCCAAAGUUCUGCAAUUUAAAUCACAUCAUUUCACCGCAUUUCUACACGGGAGAUUAAGUGAACAAUUUAUUAUGGCGGAUCAGACAGGAGCAGAGAAUAUGAGUUUUCUUGAGAGCUUGGUUUUAGAACCCCCAUCUCUGAGCAUGGAUAAACUAGAGGAGAUCUCUCCCGUCCUAACGGAGCUUACAUCGAAACCAAAGACGACCAACAUCAAGUCUACUCGACGAGGUAGAAAGAGGAAUGCCGACAAGAUCACGAAGAGUGGACCAACUACGACUUCAUCACCGGGAGAAAACAAUGUUGUAACCAUAGUAACAGCGGGCAGUACGACCGAUGUCAAGCCUAAACGAGGUCGUGGUCGCCCAGCUGGAAGUACAAAUCGAACCAGCAACAAACUCACAGCUCAAGCUGCUGCCGCUGUAGCUGCAUCUGCUGCUGCCACCGCCACCGCUGACGGCAUCGAUGAUCCGAACGACCCGGUGAACGCAGCACGGGAGCGAUCCCGCGUCAAGACCCUUCGAGAUGCGUUCCUUGAGCUGCAGCGAUCUCUACCAUCCGUACCCCCUGAUACCAAACUCUCCAAGCUGGAUGUUCUUGUGUUAGCAACCACGUAUAUCUCUCACCUGAUGAGGACCCUUGAUAAGGAUCAACCUCCUCCCCUAACCUCUCCGGGAGAAGAUGUAACGGCAUGCCUUGAUAAGCAUCAUCGGUUGAAGGCCCAAGGAUAUCUUCAUCCGGUCAAGAAAUGGCCAAUGCGAUCCCGUCUCUACGCCGGAGCUUCAGCGGACCGUCUCUUAGAUAGUUCGUCAUAGCCAUGAGCUUCUAGCCAAGUUCUUCCUAUCUCCAUUACACACCAAAGAAAAGACAGAUAAGACUUCCUGAUCUGGUUUCCCAAAGAGCGCCUUCCAAAUAUUCUCUUUAUAGUUUGCAUAAUGUUAUGAUUAUUAGAAAUAAAUCAUGAGGUAGGCUCAUGCAUUUCUGUAAACUCUCAGUAAGCCUACCGAUGAAAAUUAUUUCACUUGUUUUUCUAAGGCCUAUACAAAGAUAUCAAGUGAGAUUAUUUCUUAUUGUUUGUUUUCUCCUUUGAUUUAUAUGUAUAGAAUAGUGGGCCUCAAAACUGAUAAAUAUAAUUAUUGAAUGUUGAUUUUGAAAAUUGAAAGUUUUAGUUGACAAUACGCAAGUAGCCAAGUACAAAUAAAUGUUUAAUCGAAUUAAAAAAUAGUAAAUGUUCAAACUCGGCGUAAUAAUAAUACUUUUCCUAUUCCUAUUAAUGAUUUAGUUUUCCUUCUACAUUAGGAUCAUUAUAAUGUUUAGCACCAAUUUACUUAUUUACCAUUCUUUUACUCAUUUAUUGGAUAUUCCGUUUAGUUGGACGGAACAAAAUUAGGCAUUGGUAUAUUUUUUUGUCGAACCUAGAGUUUUGUUGCAGAGUUCCUUGUAAAUCUUCGGACAACGUUGGAUUGUUUGGCAUAAAAUUGUCCAGGUUUUUGUUUUUGCUUUUAUUAUUAAUAUCAUUAUUAUUGUUC